AUGACAACGACAGUCCAGCUUGAUCUAGAUAAAGAAAAUAAUAGUCUUCAAGAGGAAGCUCCAUUCUCGGAUAUAUUUGAUUUCUGUCCAUUUGAACCAGUGGACCCAUGGCGUGAAGAGAUAGCAAGAUAUGUUGAUGAUAGUAAUGGGUUCAAGAACUGUAAUGUGCAGGGAGACUUCCUCCCACUGACUGAGCUGGUCAAUGGGACGUUGAUAUUAAAAAACACAAACAGCGAUGCAUCUUGCAAGGGACGGUGUCUUAUAUACAUAAAUGAUGAAAAAUACAAAACAACCGAAUGGAGGGAAGUCAAUUCUGAGUUCCAUUGCGAUUUUGUUGAAACCGAGUGCAAUCUUAAUCGAUCCGAACAAGAAGACGGAAUACUUCGUUUUGUGCAUAAACAGAUAGUAGAGCAAAGGAAUUCUUCCGAAGAACGAUUAAGCAUGCAUGAUCAUCCCGACGUUCACAUAAUCAUUUUCGAUUCAGUGGGAUCAUCGCAAUUUAUACGGUACGUCUCUCAAGACUAUUACACUUGUAAAUAA